CUAGAACCGUUUCUUUUUCAACCUUUUUAAGUGCACUUGGGGUUUCGUCGAACUUUUGGACCCCAGUAGUCUGUUAUCCUCCAGUUGUGGUGCGACUUCCUUGGAUGCUUUCACGUAAAAUUAUCAACUCGGCUUGCGGCGAGGAGAUCACAGAUUCACAAGUCGGGGGAAGCUGCAAGUUGCCAUCGUUUGUGGGGCUUCUCUAAAGAGCUGAGAGUAUAAAUGAGCUUCUACGAACUUAAUAUAUUUGCAAGACUUAUCCGAUCCCAAUCUCCCUAGAUAGACAACCAAGCGUCAAAUCAAAAUAACCAGUACUCAAAAUGAAGACCUCCAUGUUCCUUGCUACGCUGUUCGCAGCCAACACUGCGCUCGCCCAAGGCGGAAUCACCUGCAACGGUGACAUUUUCAACAACUACUGCUGCGAAGGCGGCUCUUUUAGUGGGCCCGUUGUAUCUUCCUUCCUCGGAAGUUUUCUCCACCCGCGAUGCCUCUCGCUCCUCCGCCUUCGCCAGUCGGGACUCUUCUCGCUCAGCAGAACAAUCUAGUCGUGAAGCUUCGAUUACAUCUGCUGUGAGCGGUGCAAUAAUUACUGCGAGGGCGGUGUUACAUGGACGCGCUGUGACGACGGAGGUUCAGCCGGGUUUGACA